CGCACUCACACGACUCGUUUAGUUCUCUCUUUUCUAGUCUCUUUUUUCGCUCUCUAUGGCUCCGCCGCAGCUUGUCGCCAACUAUGAGCGCUUGAAAGCAGCGUUUGGUAGCCCACAUGCGGAUCAGAAGUCUAUUGGCCAGUUGCUGCUUCAGCUGAAGAUUGCUCUCACUGAAGCUCGUCUUCUCAUUCCUGGAUCAAAUUCGAGCUUGGAAGAUCUCGUGAUCACUCGGGAUGUACUAGAAAUGGGCGCUUUCUGGAGUGUCCGCAAUAAGGACAUCCCCGCAUUUGAUCGCUACUUCUCGCAAUUACAGACUUUCUACCUUGACUUCCGCAGCCAACUUCCUCCAUCACCUCGCGAAUAUCCCCUGAUUGGCCUUAACCUUAUCCGUCUCCUUACUCAAAACCGCAUUGGUGACUUCCACACCACGCUCGAAACCUUACCUCCGAACAUUUUGGGCGAGAAUCCGUUCAUACAACAUCCUGUACAUCUAGAGAGAUGGCUCAUGGAGGGGAGCUACAAUAAGGUGUGGCAGGAGCGGGAGGCGGCGCCGAGCGAGGAGUACAAGUUCUUUGUGGACAGCCUCAUGGAGACGAUACGACGAGAGAUUGCGAGCUGUGAGGAGAAGGCUUACGACAGCCUUCCCCUGUCAGAUGCGAUGAACCUCCUCUUCUUCACCAAGCCGUCCGAUCUCAUGAUCUUUGCCCAAGAGCGAGGAUGGAAUGUCGACCCAACUACGCAAGCCAUUCACUUUGCACGGAAAGCGGAGGAGACCAUCGAGAUACCUAAAGAGAAGAUUAUCAUCAACUCUCUGGCCUACGCGAAGGAGCUAGAGCAGAUAGUGUAGAGUACAAAUACA